AUGGGAAUGUUAAAGGAUGAUGGUUGGGAUGAAAGGGUUACCCAUCAGAGUUCACAUGUUACGUCUGUAAAGCGAACUAGUUUUACUCUUGAAGGAGUUAGGAAUAUGGAUAGGAAUUUUAUGAUGGAAAAGAAACGGGUUUUAAGGAAAUAUAGCCAUCAUUUGCUUCGAAAAUUACGAGCUACUCGCCCAGCUGUGAAUUCGUCAAGACGAGUACAUUCUGGGCAUAUUUCAGAAAUUUUCAGCAUUUAUCGCGAUAAUGAGGGUUUUAAAGGAGGUAUAAAUGGGAUGAACGAGAGAAAUAUCGCGAUAAAUGCCUUUAAAAAUAGAAAAAUUACCACACAUGCAUUUGGAAAUAAACUCGGUUUUCAGGGCGAUCCAGGGCCAAAAUUUUUUCAUCCUUCUCAUAAUAAAAUUAUUUACAAGAAAGAUUUAUUCAAAACUCCUUGUUCACCUAAUAUGUCGGCAAGACGGCCAUCUAAAGGCCUACUUCUUACCAUUUUCUUUGGACGUUUAUUAACAAUCCUAUUGACGCUAUCGCUACUUCCAUCGUCGGUCUCUGGAGGCGGUUUGACACUAAACAUUGCGAGGGAGCCUGAGGGUAAGAAGCUCUCCAAGGUAGAGUCUGUCAAGGAGGGCAUCCGCUACACAAAUUUUACAGUCAGGAAGAAAAAUUACAUAACACGCAUUGUGGACACGGCGUAUCUAAUUUGGCAGGCACAAUCAGUCAAUGAACUCUGUACAAGUUUCACCAUUUAUACUUUUCACAGGGGUCACAAGUUGGCAUAUGCCCGCAUUGAUGUCGGCAAAGCUCGAAGGUUCGCCCAUUACAAAUUCACCAAUCCGGGCUGGGAGAGUAUAACUCAUGCGGAAUAUAUGCAGUUAUUUGACCACCGCUCGUCUUCCCUUGUCUUUGAUGUCUCGGCCAGACAUAACAUUGACCUAUUUAAAAUAACCUUCUAUGAGCCUUUUGGGAAGCCAGCCUUUAUAUUUCACCCCCGGGCUACAAAGAAGAUUAGAUACAUUAUGGACGGACACCUCAUGCUCUGGAGGUACUCGGAACGCGAACCUGAAUGCACAUCCGUUGUGGUACACAAGGAAGGCAUAAUUCCAAGGUACAUGCAACUCAUCAUCAAAAAUGGAGAUGUGUUUGACAACCGAUUUCUAGAGAGGUUUGGACACAUGUGGGAAUUUAUCAGCAAGGAGAGCUUUUACAAGAAAGUUGAUCAGACCAGUGAAACAAGUACGGAAAAGCCAAGUCCCUCUGAAAGUGCAGCGUCCACCUCCAAAGGCACUGAAGGUAAAGAAAAGGCCAAAGGCAGAAGAUUCUCGCUGGAAAAUCUCCGGAAAUCUAUGACCAAAGGGGGACAUAGUUGA